UGCUGUACAACAAGGGUGACCGGUCCGACUGUAACAACUAAAUAGAGGGGGAUUUCGCUACUAUCUCACGUAGGCAAGGUCCCUAUAGAGAUCAUCACCAACCGUCUAAGCGCCUUCUGCGAAGCCAGCAACAUCCUCCAGGAGGAACAGUGCGGACUUCGACCCGGGCGAUCCACCGUCGACAUGCUGUUCGUCGUGCGCUGUCUCCAGGAGCUGGGGCGGAGAAAGAAAAUACCACUCUACAUGUGCUUCGUCGACUUGAAGAAGGCGUAUGAUUCGGUGGACCGAGAGAUGCAAUGGAAGGUGCUGGCCAGGGCCGGGAUCCCCGCGAAGCUGAUCAAAGUCAUCCGCCAAAUCCACGAUGGAGUGCGGGCCCGGUUGCGCAUGGUCGACGGAGAACUAUCGGACUGGUUAUUCGUGACACAGGGCGUGCGACAAGGAUGUGUGCUAUCCCCACUGCUGUUUAACAUCUUCUUCACCAGACAGGAAGCGCCAUUCCGACUCAAGAUCCGCCUGCUCCAAGCGGAGGCUAUGGAGGCACUGCUAUACGGCUACAUGGUAUGGCCACCACUCAGCGGCCACUACCAGACGCUGCGGUCGAUACACCACCAACUGCUCCUUCGACUUAUUAGGUACAAGCGCAAGAAAGACACCUACCGGCAGCUCUCUUAUUACGCCCAGACGCUGAAGAAGGUCGGAUGCCAGCGCGUUGAAGCCACGAUCGGACAAAGACGCCCGCUGUUCGCGGGAGCAUUGGCAAGGCAGCCAGACGGGCGACUCCCGAAACGACUGAUUUUCGGCGAACUGGCGGGGGGAGAGAAGCGACGUAGGGGGGGACAGGAACAGAACUGGCCGAAGUGA